CUGGCAACGUUGUUACCCUAUUCUCUUUCUUCCAGGCCCGCAUGUCUUUCUCAAAAUACAACGUGAACGCGUUGACUGACCCCCUGUCCGUUCUGCCCUCGCCCAUUAUUCGCCGCCCCAGGCAGAACAGCGUGUUUGUGGGCAGUCCCGGUGCAUUGGCUGCCCUCACGAUGGGCGCACCGCCGCCCAGACGGGUCAAGUCAGCCGUUGAUAUACAACAUCUGCUCAUCGCGUCAGAUCGGAUAUCGCCGACUGGGAACAGGAAAGAUGGCGAAUACCAAAAAUUGAUUCAACAAUGUGUUAAACAAUCUAACAGUCUGUUAAGGAAUGGUGAUUACGGCCAUUACAUAAUACCCGUGCCGAUCUCUCAGACCGUCGGCAGUCUUUGA